AUGGUGGUUAACGCACCAGAUACUCCUAUACAGGCUGAAGUGAUAUUUGUAAUAGAAGCAACGUCGGUGAACAGCGCUUUUAUAAAUGAACUGAAAACAAACUACAUAAUACCCACACUCGAAUAUUUUCAUGGUGGUGCUUUAGAGGAGGGUGUUGGUAGUGGUUCGGUGUACGGGGUAGUGGCCUACCAAGCUGCUGAUUGUCACCCCGGUUCGCCUGUCUCAACGUUUGGUCCAUUUACUUCACCAGACACAGUUUUAGAGACAGUCGACAAUAUCGAGUUCAUAGGUGGUCAUGCGGAGAGUCGAGCUUGUGUGACCGAAGCCCUAACUACGGCGCUAUCAUGUCUCGAAGAAUUAGGUCGUACAGAUAUACCGAUGCAUGUGGUGCUAUUGUGUUGCUCACCACCUUACUCCGCCUAUAAUGGUGGUCUUGUUCCAGCCGGUGCUCCAGCGACAAUUGAGCAAGCGGGUAGAUUGAUAGCCGAGCGUGGUGUUCAACUGUCUAUAGCGGCUGCUAAACGCUUGCCAGCUAUGCUAGCGCUGUACGAGCACGCUGGAGGCGAACUACAUACAGCUCAACAGAGGAAUUAUGCUAAGGAUCCUCGUCAUUUGGUGCUACUCCGAGGCUACAGUCUUAAAGAGCGUCCGCCGAGCCCCGCCCCGCCACCGGCACCCGACAUACAGACGGAUGUAUACGGUCAAAGCGCCGUCCGUACAUCAGUCCCUCCAGCCCGCGCGUCAGGCCCUCAGUACCGUCCCGGAGGCCCGGCCCGCGGCUGGCUGGCCCCGCCGAGACAGCAGUACGCUAACUCGGCGCUCCUCACACAACUGGCGCAGCCCUCCUGCCCGCCGCCUCCCAUACAGGCGAAUAUCCAGCGUAUGCAGCUGUUGCAGCCGGGUCCGUCGGGUCCGCUACAGAGGACGUACAUCUGGAGCGGCGUGCUGGAGUGGAUGGAGAAGGGCAAGACACCCGGUGACCAGCAGAAGGUCACCAAGCUGCUGCCCUGCCAGGUUUCAGCAAACUCCAAAGACAUCGAGCCGGAAUUGAAGGUGGAUACUUGGCCCAGCAAGCUGUUGAUGCAGCUUAUGCCGAAGCAGCUGAUCAGCAACAUCGGCGGGCAGUACCUCAAGGACAGCAAGUCCGUGCUGUUCCAUCUGCAGCAGAACGAAGCAUUGGACGCCCUUACCAAGGUUAUGGUCAACGGUUUUGCCGGAUGCGUACAUUUCUCCCCGAUGUCCUCGCCGCCUCAAUGCGACAUCAAAGUAUUGAUACUCUUGUACACAUCCGACAAAAAAGCUUUUCUGGGUUUCAUACCGAAUAAUCAAGCUACUUUCGUUGAUAGACUUAGAAAGGUUAUCCAACAACAGAAAAUGAACAAGCAACUUCCGGUUCCGGUGAGCGCGGCCGCCAUGACCGGAAACAUGCCCACCGCUACCAUGGCUGGUAAUUCCCUCGGCGCCGGCAUAUCUCCCAACUUAUCAAUGGGCGGAUCCCUCAAUGUUAACAACAUCAACAAUCAACAGGGACAACAACACUCGCAGGGUAUGAUAAUGGGAGGUGGUAUGACCGGUCAGGUCAGCCAAGUGGGUCAAGUCAGUCAGGUCGGGCAAGUGGGAGGCAAAGGUCCGCGGGGGGUUCCCCUCGACGGGCUUGAGGCCGCCCGACAACAGAACUUGGAGAAGAUACAACACUUACAACAGACGUUAGAAGCCGCUCACCAACAGGAGGCGCAGUUUAAAUCGCAGAUGGACAUCAUGACGCAUCUACAAGCUGCGCAACAACAAGAACAACACUAUAAACAUCUGGAGGAGCAGCAACGCAAGCAUCAGUUGCAGCAUCAAUUGCAGCAACAACUUCGCGGGGCGCAACGGGCCAUGAGACCUAUCAUGCCCACUAACCCUGGACUGAGGCAUUUAUUGCAACAGCAACCGCAGUAUCGCGCUGCGGGCACCGGCCGCCCUCCUGGUCAACAAUUCGAAGACGUGGCCAACUACAAUGACUUCCUAUAA